GUAUUUCGGGGCCCUAGGCGCGCGAGCGGUCAGCAUCCGGAAUCUGGCCCCUGCAGGCGUGGGGUUCCACGUGGGAGGAAUCCAUCCCCCCUGGGAGUAAGAAAUGACCGAGGUCCAGGAACCAGUUACAUUCAAGGAUGCCUCUGUGGCCUUCACCGAGGAGGAGUGAGGCCACCUGGACUCCUCCCAGGAAGCUGUGCAGAGCUGUGAUGCUGGGCAACUACAGAAACUUGGUCUUGGUGGGAGACUUGAAUGAAAAUUCUGUGCAGAAUCUUCAGCAGAAAACACUUCAGGAUCUGUUACAAGAGCUUUCCUCCUGGCUAGUUUUGGAAGGCAUGGCCAGUACAAUUACUGGAAGUCAGGAUUGUAUUGUGAAUCAUCAAGGGGAAGUGGAUGGGGAGCCUGAACUAGAUAUUUCCCCUUGUCAACAAUGGGGAGAAGCAUCUUCUCAUAUUUCCAGAAAGAGGGACAGUGUGAUGACUCUUCAAAGUGAUUGUUUCAAAAACAUUGAAAGUGAAACAUAUUUGCCUUUGAAAGUCUCAAGUCAAAUAGACACACAAUACUCUUCAGCGAAGUUCUGUAAGAAUGAGCCUCAGGAUCAUCAGGAAAGCAAACAUCUCUUUGUAAUGGAAGAAAGCACUGAGAGAAAAGUGAUAAAGGGGGAAAGUUCUUCAGAGAACCUUCAAGUUAAACUGGUGUCUGAUGGACAAGAACUGGCCUCGCCAUUGUUAAAUGGUGAGGCAACUUGCCAGAAUGGCCAGUUAAAAGAAUCUUUGGAUCCCAUUGACUGUAAUUGCAAAGACAUACAUGGAUGGAAAUCACAGGUGGUCAGUUGUAGUCAGCAGAGAGCUCAUACAGAGGAGAAACCCUGUGACCAUAAUAACUGUGGGAAAAUACUUAACACCAGCCCAGAUGGUCAUCCAUAUGAGAAAAUCCACACUGCAGAGAAACAAUAUGAAUGUAGUCAGUGUGGUAAGAACUUCAGUCAAAGCUCAGAGCUACUACUUCAUCAGAGAGACCACACAGAAGAAAAACCCUACAAAUGUGAGCAAUGUGGGAAGGGCUUCACAAGGAGCUCGAGUCUGCUUAUCCAUCAGGCAGUCCACACAGAUGAGAAGCCUUAUAAGUGUGACAAGUGUGGGAAGGGCUUCACCAGGAGCUCAAGUCUGCUCAUCCAUCAUGCCGUCCAUACAGGCGAGAAACCUUAUAAAUGUGACAAGUGUGGGAAGGGCUUUAGUCAGAGCUCCAAACUGCACAUCCACCAGCGAGUCCACACUGGAGAGAAGCCUUAUGAGUGUGGGGAGUGCGGUAUGAGCUUCAGUCAGCGCUCAAACCUGCACAUCCACCAGCGAGUACACACAGGAGAGAGGCCCUACAAGUGUGGUGAGUGUGGGAAGGGCUUCAGUCAGAGCUCGAACCUUCACAUUCACCGGUGCAUCCACACGGGAGAGAAGCCUUACCAAUGCUAUGAGUGUGGGAAGGGUUUCAGCCAGAGCUCGGAUCUUCGCAUCCAUCUCAGAGUCCACACUGGAGAGAAGCCCUAUCACUGUGGCAAGUGUGGGAAGGGAUUUAGCCAGAGUUCCAAACUCCUCAUCCACCAGAGAGUACAUACUGGAGAGAAGCCCUAUGAGUGCAGCAAAUGUGGGAAGGGCUUCAGCCAGAGCUCCAACCUUCACAUCCACCAGCGGGUUCACAAGAAAGAUCCUCGCUAAGUGACAUUAGCCCAUUCAGGUCUUCACAGCGCUCAUACUGUAAAAACUGUGAAAUAUUUAGUAUCACUCUUACCUUUAUAUUCUACAAAGGAGAGAGAUGUAAGGGUUAUUUAGAUAUGUUCCCUCACUGAAAAAUCAUUCAUUCAAAGUAUUUAAGUAUCAAGCACUUUGUUAUGCUGUACAAUGAAUGGAUUGUUCUUGUUUCUCAGAUGGGUAGAGUAAAAGUGUCUGUACUUUACAAUUUAACUACAUACUCUACCCAGCAUUUUAACAGCAAGAACUUUAUAUUUAUUCUCAAGCAGGGCAUGUUUCCCUUUGUUCACAUUCUCUGAGAAAUUGAAACUGGUUUCUCUUCAAAUUA